UCUCGCUCCAUAUCAGUAAUGGGGCUUUUAACUAAAGGGACACCUUUGAGUUGGCAGGAAAUUGUUCCACAUUUGGAAUAUAUAAAGUUACAUGGAAUUGCGCAAUUUGUUGCUCUCUACCAUCGUGUUAAGAGCCGUGAGCGGGACCAACUUCGUUGGGGCGAUGAGAUUGAAUACACAAUUAUUAAGUUUGACCAUGAACACAAAAAAGUUCGCGUCUCUUUACGUGCUCUCGACUUGUUAGACCAACUUUUUGCAAGUGAAGAGGUCAAUAAUUCUUUGGGCGAGGAGAAUCGUUCUCUAUGGAGACCUGAAUUUGCUUCUUAUAUGAUAGAGGGGACGCCUGGCACUCCCUAUGGAGGUUUAUACUUUCUUAAAUAAAUAUU